UAUUUUUUAUGUAUUUGCUGUUUUGCGUUCACACCAUCAAAAAAAGAAUGAAUCCAUCAGAUACCCAUUUUUGAUUAGUUUAAACCUCUUUAAAUUGCCACACAUUCUACAAAAUGAAUGUUAAGCGUCAACUCUCAAAUUUGAUGAAUUGUUUCGUCAUUUAAAAAGCUUACGUCAACGACAAUCGUCUAAGUGGUCUUUCCUAUAUUUUUUGCAGAAUCUUGAAAAAUUGUGUGUGUGUGUGUUUUUUUUUUAAACAAAGCAAAUCUAUCGAAAAAAGACAUCAAGGUUCUAAUCAAAAUUACUGACUCAGGAGAUACAAAAUGAUCACUUCAGUAGAGAUUGAGAACAGUACAUUCCAACAUUCAGCUUGAAUUUUACUUUUGUGGCUUCAUUGAAAGUAGAACAAUGCGGUUUCCUCUCUUGUUAUUUUGCUUGUUGGGCUGUUGCUGCUGUUCUAGUAAUUAUCGGUCCGAUGGAAGUUUGAAUAGAAAAAUUGUGCUCAUGGCAGGUGGUGCAUUCAACCCGAUCACUCCAUUGCAUUUGAGAUUAUUUGAAAUCGCACGUGAUGAUUUUCGUGAACGAGCCGAGUAUGAGGUCAUUGGCGGCAUUAUAUCACCGGUACAUGAUUCAUAUGGAAAGCCCGAAUUGGCACUCGGUAAACACAGAUGUGCAAUGGUUAACAUAUCACUUCAAACAUCCGACUGGAUACGGUUAUCCGAUUGGGAGUGCAAUGAACAAAGCGACUGGACGCGCACACGCAUCUCAUUGCAAUAUCAUCAGAAUUACCUCAAUUCAAUGCUGAGCGAUGAUACAACGAACGGAUUCAGUGGAACCACACCCAGUUGGUUACCACCAAAUAUUUACGAGUACAAAGGAGACAAGGUAGAAGUCAAACUUCUAUGUGGUGCCGAUUUGCUGGAAUCAUUCGCAACACCAAACCUAUGGUCAGACGAAGAUGUUGAAGCUAUCCUUGUUGAGCAUGGUAUUGUGGUAAUAAGUAGGAGUGAAAGUUUUCCCGAAAAGUUUAUCUUCCAAUCGGAUUUCUUGACCAAAUACAAGCAUCGUAUAGAUAUCAUAACAAAUUGGGUGCCAAAUGAAGUGAGCUCAACGUUGGCACGUCGUUAUUUGCGCCGUGGCCUCUCUGUCAAGUAUAUGCUGGACGAUAAUGUGGUCGAAUAUAUUCGACAUCACAAAUUGUAUGGUGUCGAAAAUGGCUCGGAUUCAACUACAAAUGAUACAACUAUAUCAUCCUAACGAUCAAAUUGUAAUAUGUGAUGCUGAUAUUGAAGAUUUAUUAAUAACGUUUUC